AUGGCACCCGGUGGCGCAUCCACACCAUCGAUGCGAGCAUUGACGGCAAGAUUGAAGCAGAUACAGCUGUCGCUCAAUGACAUCCACCGAUUCAUUCAAGCUUUUACGGAAUCCAAUAACAUUACCGAGGUGGAGGUACGUGUUGAGAAACUGGACGAGCUUUGGGAGAGCUUUAGUGCAACCAUGGUGGAGAUCUACGCUCAUGACGAAUUCAAGGCUGAGAAGAUUUCACUGGAGAAGGAACGCAGCGAGUUCAGCGAUCGCUAUUACGAGAUCAAGUCCUUCCUAAUGGACAAGAUCAAGGAGCUCCAGAAACCCCAAGUACUGGAGCAGUCCUUCCGAGCUGGUGAGGGAACAACGUCAGUUACCAUGGAGCACGUACGUCUACCGCAGAUCAAGCUGCACACAUUCAGUGGAGACAUCGACGAGUGGCUGAGCUUCCGUGACUUGUUCACGUCGCUAAUCCAUUGGAAGGCAGAUCUACCGGAUGUGGGAAAAUUCCAUUAUCUGAAGGGCUGCCUUCAAGGGGAACCCAAAGGCUUGAUCGAUCCACUCCCGAUCACGGCAGCCAAUUACCAGGUGGCAUGGGAUACGCUGUUGAAACGCUACAACAACAGCAAACAGCUGAGGAAGCGGCAGGUACAAGCUCUCUUCAAGCUACCCAUGCUUUCGAAGGAAUCCGGAGCUGACUUGCACAUACUGUUUGAAGGCUUCGAACGUAUUGUGCAGACUCUCGACCAAGUCAUCCAACCGGCUGAAUAUAAGGAUCUUCUGCUGGUGAACAUCCUUACAGCUCGAUUGGACCCGGUCACGCGUAGAGGGUGGGAAGAGGUCUCAUCUACAAAGAAGGAGGAUACUUUGGAGGAUUUAUGUGAAUUCAUUCAGCGUAGAAUCCAGGUUUUGGACAGCUUGCCACCGAAGCCCGUCGAUACUAGGGGUCUCGGCCAAUUGCAACAACAACCGAAACCGAAGGCUCAAUCAAUGAAGGUCAACUACGGUGCACAAACAUCUACGGGACGUUGCAUUGCCUGUUCAUCGGAUCACCUUCUUCAUCAGUGCAACAAAUUUCAAGGGAUGGCAGUCUCGGACAGGGAUGGUCUUGUUAAAUUAAAUGGACUCUGUCGAAACUGCUUAAGGUCAGGACACCACGCUAAGGAUUGCCAGUCAAAAUUCUCGUGCAGGAACUGCAAGGGACGUCACCACACGCUUGUAUGUUUCAAACCGGCGAAGGAAAAGGGAUCCAAGGUUGCGACAGUUGCUGGGGGUAACAAGUCGUCCAAUUCUGAGGAUCAGCAAGGGUCAUCUGGUUUAUCAACCACACAAGUUGCUACCGUAGCAGCUACGGAAACUGCAGCACCCGCUGCAGCUCAACAACAAUCAACCCAAGUGCUUUUGGCAACGGCAGUUGUGGUUAUCGAGGAUGAUGUUGGCAAUCGUCAUCCAGCUCGUGCUCUUCUGGACUCCGGGUCCGAAAUUAACUUCAUUACGGAGCGAUUGAGUCAGCGGUUACAAGUUACGCGAAAUCGGGUGGACAUUUCGGUAGCCGGGAUAGGUCAAGCAGCUACAAAGGUUCGGCAAGGGAUUCAAGCGGUAUUGCGGUCACGUGUAUCUGACUUCUCUCGUGAAUUAGGCUACCUAGUCCUGCCAAAGGUCACGGUGAACCUUCCAACUGCCACCGUCAACACGGAUACAUGGACUAUUCCAAGUGGGAUUCAACUGGCGGAUCCUAUGUUCUUCGAAUCGAACGCAGUGGAUAUCGUGCUCGGUAUCGAAUGCUUCUUCGACUUCUUUGAAACCGGACGGAGAAUCUCUCUAGGAGCAAACCUUCCAUCCUUAAAUGAGUCCGUGUUUGGAUGGGUCAUCAGUGGUGGGAUUUUGGAACCAAAUCGCUCUCGGCAUAUCAACUGCAACGUCUCAUCAGUGGUUGGCCUGGAUGAGUUAAUCUCCCGCUUCUGGUCCUGUGAGGAGGUUGAUUCAGGCAAGGUUCACUCACUGGAAGAAAAACAGUGUGAAGAUAACUAUGUCAACACGGUUCAACGAGGUUCGGACGGUCGGUACACCGUCUCACUGCCGAAGGAUGAAGAUGCCAUCUCACGGUUGGGCGAGUCUAAGGACAUCGCAUAUCGGCGUCUCCAAGGAACGGAACGCAGACUUGACAGGGAUCCAUCACUCCGUGAGCAAUACAACGCUUUCAUGGAGGAAUACGUCAAGCUCGGCCACAUGCGGGAGGUGGAUGAAACUGAACUGGAGGUAAAACGGUGCUAUCUUCCGCACCACCCAGUGCUCAAGGAGGCAAGCACCACUACCAAGGUACGGGUGGUCUUUGAUGCGUCAUGCAAGACAUCAAGCGGAGUAUCUCUCAACGACGUUCUGAAGACAGGGACAGUUCUUCAGGAGGAACUUCGAUCCAUUAUUCUUCGCAGUCGGACAUGGCAGAUCAUGAUUGUCUCGGACGUAGAGAAAAUGUUCCGCCAAAUCCUCAUCUUCCUUCUGGAACGUGCCUUACAAUGCAUUCUCUGGCGUUUUUCACCUGCGGAGGUUAUUAAGAUCUACGAGCUCAACACGGUUACGUAUGGCACAAAAUCGGCACCAUUUUUGGCCACAAGGACACUCAAGCAGUUAGCGAUGGACGAGGAGAAGACAUUUCCUCUUGCGGCAAGAGCGGUGCUUGAAGAUACUUAUAUGGACGACGUAAUCACGGGUGCGAAUGAUGUGGAAACAGCAAGAGAACUGCAGAUCCAAUUGAAUAAGAUGAUGUCAGCUGGUGGCUUUCAGCUACGCAAAUGGGCUUCAAACUGCCCGGCUGCUCUAACGGGGGUUCCAGAAGAGAACUUAGCUAUUCGGCCUUCAGAUGGAAUUGAUUUGGAUCCAGAUCCAGCCGUAAAGACCUUGGGGUUGACCUGGAUUCCAUCUACGGACAUGCUGCGGUUUCAGUUUACCAUUCCCACUUUGGCCAACGGUGAAUUACUUACGAAAUGGAACGUAUUAUCGAUGAUUGCGACCUUGUUCGAUCCUCUCGGGCUUUUGGGACCAGUUAUCACCAUGGCGAAGAUAUUCAUGCAGCGGUUGUGGACGAUACUGGAUGGGAAUGGUCAUACACUGGAUUGGGACCACCCCCUACCUCCAACGGUGGGUGAGGCGUGGCGUAAAUUCCACGAGCAACUACCUCUUCUCAAUCAACUCCACAUCGAACGCUGUGUUCUCAUCCCAGAAACAGUAGCAGUCGAAAUUCACUGUUUCUCCGACGCCUCGGAGAAGGCAUAUGGCGCCUGUCUGUAUCUUCGGAGCACUAAUGCGGGCGGAGAGGUGAAGGUUCGACUUCUUUCGUCUAGAUCAAAGGUUGCUCCGUUGAAAUGUCAGAGUAUUCCUAGACUGGAGCUCUGUGGAGCACUUCUGGGAGCUCAACUAUUCGCCAAGACAUCCUGGAAAACCAAUUCUGGUGGCGAGGACCUACCUGGCUGGAGGAGAACUCAGACCAAUGGCCUAGAUCACCGGAGAUACAAUCAACAGGAGAGGUUGAAGAAGAAAAACGUCGAACGGUUAUCGCAGGAUGCGUUUCCACACUCGCAGAGUUCAACCAUGAGUACAUUCCACGACAUCCUUUCACCCGGUUAUUGCUGCAACACUACCACGAGCGUCUACUUCAUGCGGGACCUCAGCUGA